AUGACUGUGUCCCUGCAUGACUUGAUCAAAGAAUGGGAGGUGGUGAACGCGGAGCUGUGUAGGGCCUCCCUGGAGUCCCACCAGCGCUAUUCGUUCCCAGCUAGCAGCCAAGGCAGUUCAGAUGAUAACGAUUGCUCUGCGGAGGGCCCCUCGUCCUCUUCCCCUCCACUGUCCAGCACCACCACGUACGCGCGCGUGUACAGCCUCCUCUCGCGCGUGUGCCACAUUGCGGAGGACGCCCGCUAUAACUCCUUCUGCAUUAUACAGCAUCUCCUGUGGGUGACCAUCGUCGCGUGGGCAAAUCAGAUGGCAAACGCCUCCGGUGAUCUUAUUCGGCUUCCGAGAGGACUUCGACAAUACUACGAGGCGUCCCCAUGGUGCGCGACACGGCGCGGCAGCUCACAACGCGACGGCAUAAACGACGACACAGCUGGCAAGACAGCGUCUUCGGCGUCCACCCCGGUGCAGCGGACAUCGUUUCCAUGUGCUUUGCUCCCACCGUUAGAGUUUUGGGACCCCAGCGAGCUGGAGGAGAUGGCAGGCGCACCGUCCCCCGAACCGGAAGUCGUACGCAACGCCUCUCUCCACCGCGCGCCGAACUUGCCUGAAGUGUGGAGCAAUGCCGUUCAACGCAUAUUUGCACUGUGGUGCACCACGCCAAUGACUGGCUCUUGUGCCGGAGCUGCACAGCCAUGCACCGCCCAAAGCGCCUGUGGUACUGCUUCCCCAGGGACGCUAGAAUACGCCCAUACCUGGGUCAUUGUAGCGCAGCACUAUCAACGCUUCAAAUCGCUGCUUUCUCUCUUCUUUCUCCGCUACGACGUGGUGCUCGAGGACGCAGAGGAACUGCUGCAGCGGCGAGGCCGCCAACAGCUUCCGGAGCAGCAGGAACGCCGCCUCAGCGACCUUCACGAUGAGGAAGUGCAGCACGAUGGAACACAUUCGUCCCGGCUGCCGCCGCUUCCGCUGCGUCGCCGCGGCAGAACUUCGCUUGUGCCAUCUUUCAGCAUCAGCCCUGGAGGUGCGGCAAGUGCAGCAGGUGCGGACAACAGCGUGAGCAGUUCCAGUACCCCUGCAGCCCUGUCUACAGAUCGAGAAGGUACCAAAAAGUCCGGCAAGCAAGCUCGUCUGUCGGCGUGUCCUCCCUCCUCCCUCCCCAGCACCGCCAACCUUCUCAGGCAUCUCAUGCGAGCCAUUGUGAACGAGAGCCUUGCGAAGAUCCAGGAAGUGACUGGUGAGGUCCUUCUCUUGCUCUUGCUACCCCACGUCCACCGCGCUCGUAUGCGAAGCCAGGUCACGACACCUGCUAGCGACACCAGUAAUUCCGGGAAACUGUCCCAUUCUGCGCCGCCGCAGAACAACUCCGCGACGGGCGAGGCAGAUACGGGAAAGGAGGCGUCAUCGGCAUUAACAACGAUGCACCAGCUCUCUGGCAUGUCCAAUUGGCACAGCGAUGAGCAAGACGACGACGACGAUCACGUCGUCUGGUCAUCGCCGCCCUCGCCACUGCUCUCAUACACAGCUGCGUGUUUCAGCCACGGCAACGGCGACGCCCCUGCGCCAGCUCCCAGGGCCGGCGCACCUACCACGGACUCCCACGUGAGAGAACGGGCGCAACAAGAGGAGUACGUUGCGCGCAAUGUCUUCAAGCUUCUUCUCAUGGUUGAGGACUGCCGGGUGCAGGUACUCGAGCGUUGGCUCGUCGAGAAGGGCAAGCGUGUUGCCUUCUUCUAUGGUUCACAGCUUGCUGCCAACCUUUUCGACAAUGCCGCGGUACACCAAGCCGCCUUUGCCCACGAUCCCUCGCCCUGUGACCCCUCCGUUGUGACCAUCUCCCCAACUCGCACCCUCGCUGAUGCGAAUCGAGUACUUCGCGAGACUCUGCAAGCGUACGUCCGGCUUCGUGCCAAGUUGCUCUUCCUUAACGCCGGUACGACGCACUUUCUAGACGCCCUGACCCCGUGGGGGCGGACGCGCAUGCUGGAGAGCCUGAACGCUUUCCUCUGCGGCUUCUGCGGUGUGAUACUGCCCUUCUCUCUUCCUUUGGAUAGCGGUGCGCUUAACAAAAGCACCGCUGAAUCCUCCAAGGAGAAAGCGAGCCAGGCAGCGUCGUCGCCGCUGGACGGCUGCGACGAGUCGGUUCUUUUCACCCCGAUGAACGCCGCCGUCGCCGACUUCGCGCAGGAGUGGGGAGUGCCACUCUGGGUCGCCAUGUGCGACGAUGCGCAGCAGCGUAUGGAGGCACUGAAGCAUGUCGAGCAAAGGCGUGCCAAGCGACCAAAGGAAUGCAUGACACUACCUGAGAACGAGUGUUUGUGCGUCAUGCAGGCCGCCAAAUAUCAGCAGCGGCAGCGACGCGCGAUGGAGGGGUGGCCAGAUGGGGACGUGGGCGAGAAGGACCACUGGCGCGGCGGUCUUUGCAAUACGGCCACGUCAUCGGCGCCCGUCACGUCUUCCUUCACCGCUGCAGCCGUCAGUGCCGUCGAUGAUGAUCGUGCCGAGAAACCCGACACGCGCGACCGUCACUCUGUCGCCUCUACCGAGCUGGAGGAUGCUGUGUCGCCCACGACCAGUAUCGUUUGGCUGCCGAGGUCGCCGACCGUUGCAAACGAAGGCGAGGACGGCAGCGGCGGCAGUGACAUCCGCCGCCAUGGCGGUGCCGAGGGGGCGAAUCGAGCUUUCACUCGCCGCCGCGGCAGAGGACUGGAUCUGAAGCGCGUUCUGCAGCAGCAGCAGCAACGUCGCGCACGCCUUGGUAACGUGAAGCUCCCGCAACGAGGAGUAACCGCAAGUAGAGUCUGUGACCCGCUCGCGAGCAGCGAGGAUGGCGGCGGUGACGUUGUCGAGAGCCUCUACACGGGGGAGUCCGCAUCAGUGGGCGACGAUGGCUCUGUGACCGCAGCUGCUGUGGGAGCAGGAAACAGUGGCGACAACGUCGGUCGUCUGCGGGGCAACACUGGUGCGUCCGCGACGGAGGAAGGACGACGUAGUGGUGAAGGCCUCACCACAGCUGCCGGUUCUCACGCGAAGCGCUUUUCUCGCUCCGCACAGCUACACCAGGUGGCCACCUUGCCAGAUGAAGGCUUCCCGUGUCUUCUCUACCUAAUGCCGCGCCGUAGCCGCUUCGCCUUGCUGGACAAGGCAGCAGCGGCUGUGCAGCAGCAACUCUUCACGCGCUUUAGCGCCAAUGUGCAAGCCUACCUCUCCGACUACCUGGCGGAGUGCGAAACGGCAGCGGCAGCCAGCGCCGCCGCCGAUCAGCGCGCAGCCUUAGCCUCGCAGAAAAAGAAGCGAGAGAAAGCAACUCAAGUGACGACCAUGGGAGGGCAUGCGGGCACCGGCACUGCGGCUGCCUCCUCCAUCGCCGUCGUCACACCAUUUCCCAAACCUUUGCUUGCCCGCAUGAUUUUCCUCUUGGAGAUGACCUACGCUGCAUUGCAGGGGCGCGGCGGUGUUACGAGCGAGAGUCACGACAACCACACCGAAGAUAAUCACGCUACCGGUAAUGGUGGCAGUCGGCGCCCGCUGAUGGAGACGGGCCUUACCGCCACUGGGCAGGAACUCGGCGCCGCCAUUCUCGAGCAGGGCAACGGCGAGUUUGACAGUGCCGUCUCCACAACGCUUUCCACGCCAACGUCGCCAGCUUUGCUGGCCAUUGCUGCCGUCCGCAAAGGCUUCCAAGGCUUCCUCAUCUCCCUGGAAAAGCGGGCCGUGUUGGCACUGGUGGGGGCGCUGUAUGGCCUCGUACAGGAGGGCGCGGCCCAGCAGCCGCCCGCGGCCCAGAUGGAUGCCGUGGACACCAUUCUGAAUAUGGCUUCGCUGCUUAAUUCCAAGGACAUGUUUGUGCUGCUGCUGAAGGGCUAUCUCGCACCGCAAGUGAUGAUGUGCCGAUCGCAGCCCGAGAUUGUGGUGGAGUCACAGGUGGUGGACCGUAUGGCCUACCGCCUUGGCGCGGCAGUGGCGGCGCCGUGCAUUACGUUGCUGAGGGACCUGCAGCUGGCCAUGUCCGAUCCUCGGAGCACGAUGAGAUCGCCAUCUCCCUCUGGGGCACGCGCAGAACCUGCGGAGGCUUGGGAGCUGAAUGCCACACACGGGAGUCUCAGCGGAGACGGCAGAAGAGGCGACGGCGGCGAUUUUGGAGGCGCGAGUAGCAGAAACAUGGCCACGGAAUGUGCGCAGCUCGUGGCAACGCGAGACGCAGAGACGCUAAGAGCCAUCCGUCCCCUGCAACACGGCGCCUUCGGCCUCAUCCACCGCGUUCGCGUUCUUUGCCAAGCCUGGUGGCAGCCGCACACAGCCGUGUUGGUGUCUUCUCGGCGACUACGCCAACUGUGGGAGCAGCACCAGCUGCUGGACGAGCGUUUCGUCGACGCGGUGCUGAGCGUCGAGUGGCAGUACAGCGGGCACUCUGAACCGUUUCGCGGCUACGGGCAACAAGUUAGGCCAAGGGAACUCGAGAACAGCAGCCCGUUGCAUCCGCUGGGCAGUCAUUGGUGGCACGGCGACGGAGCCCAGAACACUGGAUCGCUCGCUGCAGGGACGCAGCUGCGCACCGUGACGGCAGCCGCAGUCGUGCGCGGCUUCUCCUCGGCGCUGGGCAAUGCGGUGCGUCGCACAGGCCGUCAGGCCGGUGACUUUGGCUACGACGACUCUGACAACGAAUCCGAGGACUACAGGGAGGCCUACGGUGGACUGCUGACGCUGAGCACGUUGCAGCAGUACAGCAGCGCGUACGCGCCGUCAAACUCGUCGUACAGAGGCAGCAACCUCUCGUCUGUUGGAAGUCCCGGUGCAGUAGGCGGUCCAGGUGCAAGUGGGGUGCACCGGGGGACUUCCGAUGGAGGUCAAAGCACGACUGCCGACGACCACGCCUCAACCGCCGUGCCGGCGGACGGGCAGCUAGAGCGGAAGCGGCUGCGUUGGCCACUGGGCAACGGCCAGCUGUCCUUCUACAUCUUCUCCAGGGGCGCUGCCAGCGCUGGCCGUAGCGCCUCCCAGGGCGUGCAGAUCGUGGGACCCCCACUUACGUUGCUGGUGUGCCAGCUACUGGACCGCGCAAGUGAGCAACUGUACACCUUCGACGCGCUGCACAAGGCGCUUCCGGUGCAGGCACCAAAACCGCUGCUCGCCCAUAUUCUGCACGAACUUGUCAAGGCCGGCAUUGUCGUGCGCAGCGUGGCUGCCGGGACUCGACAGCUGACGUAUCAGCUUCGCAAUGAUACCCGCGAGGUUCUUCAGCGCAAGGUCAUCGUUGACGUACGCGCCGCUGCUCGGCAGCAGUGGGUGACGCAGACAAUGGCUAUGACGACCGCAGACGCCGCCGACGACGGUGAAGACAACAGCUCUGAGAGGGGCGGUGCUCGUAACCCUGCGUCCCCGGCGAACCCGACGGAAGCCGCCACUGCUUUUCCCACGUCAUCACUGAAACCGGCGCGGCAGGCGCGCCUCGACGCACCUGCCAAGGCGAAAGCUGCACCGAGCGCGUCAGUCGAUGAGCCGUCGUCACCGACGUACUCGCUCGACCGUACACACAAGAUCAAGGUGUGCAUUGUGCGGAUCAUGAAGGCCGAGCGCGUUCUCCCGCACCGCGAACUGGUGGAGCGCGUCGCGCUCGCAUUGGAGGACCAGUUUGUGGUCACCCCCAGCCAGUUCAAGCACUGCGUUGCACAACUCAUUGAGAAGGAGUUUCUCCAGCGCGGGGAGCAAGCGGAGUACAUGUUCGUGUCGUAA